UUACAGACUCUAAACUUUUGAGUGGAUGGUGUGUGGUUUGUAUUCAUUUAGAAUAUUGAUCAAAAUAUUGAUAUUUGCUCUGAAAUGGUUUACAAGGAACUAGCAUUUUUAGCAUUGCUAUUUUUGCUGCUGAGGUUUAAAUCAGAGGCACUUCUAAAAUAUCUCAUUUGUUUCACUCUCAUAGUCAUAAGUCGCAGUAGAAAGCGGUUAUUUGCCCAUUAGGAUGCUUAAUGGGCCAAUAAAAUCAUUCUGAUGUUCUCCGUAUUCUUUAAUUUUAUAUUGCCAGUACUGCUUCACACAGAGAAAGUUUCCCUAAGUGGUGACAACAGAAACCAGAACGGGAGCUCUCUUUUUGGCCUUUGCUGUAGCAACUCACACUCCAUUGGCUGCUUUCUUAGAACUCGCAGUUCUGAGAACCCAGAAGUAGUAGCCAUAACCAGAGGUUGUCAUCCCAGCCAAGUCAAGUGUGUGACAGAUUAGGAAUGUUGCCAGUGCUCACCAGUACCGCCCAUUUUUUUUUUUUGCUUGGCAAGACACUCAAAAGAUCAGUUUUGUUCUUUCUUGGUUGUCGUCAUCCUGUAAUCAUACUGUUUGUGUUUAAUACAUAGAGCAGACCGGGAGUGGCUGAAGUUUAUUUGCAGUGAUAGAGAUUUUCCAGAUCAGAUAAAGUCAUAGGGCUUCCAGCAAGCUUGAGGAAGUAGAUUAGUUCCAUCUUGCAGUAGAGAAACGAGGGGAGGGGUGAGCUUGUGCAAAGUGUGCACAACAAAUUACACGGAAAUCACUUUGUGGAAACUACAGAGAAACGUAGAGUCAAGCUUUCUCCGAUGAAAGUGACCAGCGUAUGUGUUUUGACCCAGUCAAGUGUUCAUGUUGGGAACCAUGAGAAAACACACUCACUCUUAGUGCAAAGGGCUCUGCUGCAUACAUGCACAAACCUACACACAAACAAACAAAAACACGUCUGUUCACCCAUUCUGGUGCUCAUGCCAUGGUGUUUGAACCUUAUCUUUUUCCUUUUCUCUCUAUCUUUUGGACAGAGCCUUGGUUCUGAGUGUGAAUUUGCUGAAAUGUCUCCCCAAUGCUUUGAGUUUCCAUUGUAUUGACUCUGUUUUUUUUACUCUUCUUUCUUUUUUACUCUUGUUUUUUUAGGUAAGGUUUGUAGGACCUCCCCCAAUGUAUGUUUGUGUGUAUGUUUGAAUAAGUGUGUGUGUGGAUGUUUUUCUUGAAAUAAUACGUAAUAACUCUCCCCCUUUUACAGUGUAGCCUAACGGCUUCUCUUAGUUCUUCUCACUACGCUUACAAUCACUAAACACUCUGCUUAAAAUACCAGCGCUACGAUUUGAAUCUCAUACCAAAAUGGAAUCAGUAAAGUAUUUUGUAGAAAUUAAUAGUGUAUCUUGAUUGUGUUCAGAAUUCACCCAUGUUAGAAUAGUUCUUGUAAAUAUUAGUUUAAUGUAUGUUUGGCUGCGAUUGGGGUGUUUUGAUUGGCUGAGAACAUGAGAUGGGGCCCUCUGAUUGGCUGUGAAUAUGAUUCUGCCUCUUUCCCAUAAUUCCCCUGAAUGGCUUGCCAGAAUGAGCCUCAAUCUCCUGCCCAUUCUCUCCCUCCUUCCGCCUUCAAUCGGUCUAUCUGCCUGCGUCCACUUUUGUGAAGUGAAUGUACACCUGUGGUACAUGUGGGAGUGGAAAUUGUAUGUGCUGAGUGUGUGUGUGUGUGUGUGUAUAUGUGUGUCACCAAAACAAGGGGUGGGGGCUCAGGUGUUUUAGCUUGCAGGGAGAAGUCUUCACACCAUCCCACCUGCAUCCCACUUCUCCUCUUAUAAAUGUAUUUACUUGUGAAAGCCUCACCUGACCUGACCCAUCUCCUUCCCCCUCUCUUGCAGAGCAUGCUGGCUGUAGAGACCCAGUCUUGUGAAACUGAGUUUUAAGCAAUGCAGCAUACCACAAAACAGAUUAUAAUCGAUUCUAGAUAAAUGGCGAGAUGAAAACGCCUGUGAAACCGAUCUAGUCCUCUAAAGAACGAUGCGCUGCUAAAAGCUCACUCACAGCCUAUGCUUCUCAUAGCUCUUACAGCUGCGUGAUGAAGUAUGCAUACGACGUCCUCUCUGUCUCAACACAUUCAUGCAGAGACUUAGACCCGCAUGGGGGAUUGGAGGAAGUGGGGAGUGGGAGGAGGGUGCUCAUUUUUGAGUGAUGGUUGAUACAUUUCUGUUGAAGGACAAUCAACAAAGAGAGGGAAAAUGAGAGAACGGACAGCUUUAGAACCGGUUUCCAGGUUUUCCUCUGAAAAACUUUGUUUUAGAGGGAAGUCUGUAAUUAGUAACUGUGUCCUCCUUACUUUGUUGUGGAGGAACCCGGAAGCCUGAAAUUAUAGUACCAGAAAUCAGCAGUAAAGAGGAGGAGAGAAUGAGUGUCCGGGAUGGUGAGAGGGUAUCCCUGUAAUCACCCAGGCCCAUUGGUAGGGGGUACACCAAAGCCCCUGCCCCCAAACCCGACCCCUAACCCUUUACCCCUUACCCCUUACCCCUGAACGCUCUCUUUGUGCCUCAAUCUUCCUGCUUAACCAAUUGGUGUUUCUUUUUUGCAGCAUUAUGAUCCUGGCCAUGUUGUGCUGAUGGUAAACUUAGUGGACGAACUGACCCUGUGCCCAUCAUCCUCAAAUAUGACGUCAUGGGAAUGGGUCGCAUGGAAAUGGAGCUGGACUAUGCAGAAGAUGCCACAGAGAAGCGCCGAGUGUUGGAAGUGGAAAAAGAAGAGACAGAGGAACUGCGUCAAAAAUAUAAGGAUUAUGCGGAGAAGGAAAAAGCCAUAGCUAAAGCUUUAGAAGACCUGAGGGCCAAUUUCUACUGUGAACUGUGUGAUAAGCAAUACCAGAAACAUCAGGAGUUUGACAAUCACAUCAACUCCUACGAUCAUGCACACAAGCAGAGACUGAAGGAGCUGAAGCAGAGAGAGUUUGCUCGGAAUGUGUCUUCUCGCUCCAAGAAGGAUGGCAGGAAACAGGAGAAGAUGUUGCGACGGCUUCAUGAACUGGCCGAACAGAGGAAACAGCAAGACUAUGUCCCUGGUAGUGGUCCCAUGUUUAAAACUACCACAGUGGCAGUAGAUGGAGAAAAGGGGGAAGACUCCAUGGAUGGUGUGCCUAUGAUAUUGGAUACCAACACAGAGACUAUUGAAGAUAAGGGAAUCUGUGGUGUAAGUGGUCAAGGCUCCCCUAGAACAGGCCCUGCCAUCAGCUUUGGUUUUAACAAAACUAGCUCUUCGCCAACACCUUCUGGAGGCUCCCAGGCUCCCAAAGUGAGUGUCUCCUUCUCUUUUGCUAAGAAAGCCCCAGUCAAACUUGAGACAGCUGCAGCUGUGUUUGCAGACCAUGGUGAAGAGACGGUGGAAGGAGAAGAAGGUCAGGAAGAGGGAGGAGAAAAGACUGGAGGAGAGGACAUAAGUGUGGCAUCCACCACUGAUAUCCCUCAAGAAGCAGCAGGAGGAGGAGAAGGUGGAAGUAGUGGGAGUGGUGGAAGUGGUGGUGAGGGUGAGGAAGAGCAGUCACAACCAGAUGAUGGAGCUGCCCUGGCCUCGACUUUGAACAAACUGAAGAUGAUGAUGAGAAAGGAGGAAGGUUACUCUGGACAGGAGCCACAAUAUUACCAUUAUGUACCACCUGCACAUUGUCGGGUCAAGCCGCAUUUCCAGUUUCUGCUUUUCAUGAAGGCUUCAGACCAGUGUGAUAGCAAGGAGGAGGAUGUGGAUGGAGCUAAAGAUGAGAAGGCACCAGCAGGUAACGACGGAGAGCAAAAACAUAUCAAAGUCAGUAGCUGCACAUCUGAAAAAGAUGUGGAGAAGGAACCUGCACUGACACAAAACACAAAUCCUUCUCCUACAUCAGCUAAAUUGAAGACUGAGGAAGAAUCAGGUAGAACACCUGCAGGGCUAGCUGAUACAGCAGUGGUAGAUAGCUCAUCCCAACAAGCUGAUCCCAAGCAAGGAAUGUCCAAGCUUACAAACACAGGUCCCCGCAUGCCAACUGGGCCUUUCUUUCCUGUGCUAAGUAAGGAUGAAAGCACCACCUUGCAGUGGCCUUCUGAAUUGCUGGAGUUUACUAAGGCUCAGCCAUCCCUCUCUUACAGUUGUAAUCCUCUUUACUUUGACUUCAAACUGUCAAGAAACAAAGGAAACUGGGCAGGCAAAAACAGCAAACCUGCCAAGCCAGUUAGCACUGAUGGACAAGAGGGGUCUAAGCAUGAAAAUACAGACAGUGCUCCUGCCACUAGUGGAGAGACUUGCACUGCUACAACAAUUGCAGGACCCAGUACAGUUCAAAAAGAACAACCAUCCUUGAAAGAGGAGGGUGCCCAGAGUGAGAACAAUGAGCAGAAACUACAAAGUAAUGAAGAUGUGUCUACAGGGUCUAAGAAAAAGAAAAAGAAGAAGAAACACAAGAAGUCAAGCAAGCGAUCCAAACAUAAAGAAAAAGCAGCAGUAGAGGGGGAGUUAGAAAAAGAGAUUCCAGGAGAGAAAACUAAAAAGAAGAAGAAACACAAAAGAAAGAAAAGCAAAAAUAAACCACAUAGCACUGAUGACAUCGAAGCAGAGGGACGCGACAGUAAGGAAAAAGAGAAAGACAAGGAUGACAAAGAUGGAGUAGCCACCUCUCAGUCAUCAGGAAUAAGCACAUCCCAUGAAGGAGGAAAGAGAAAACGUUCCCACAAAAUGUCUCAGCAGUCUGGAGUUGAGGAAAGCAGUGCAGGAAAGCCUAGCUCUACAGAGGAACACAAUGGUGCUAAACGUCUUAAACCUGACACCAACACACCUGCCGCCUCCUGCUCUGCCUCAGCCCAAAAAAGCAUAAGUGGAGGUCGACCUCCAAGUAGUGACAGUGAAGAGGAUGGUGGAUCAUCCUCUCAACGUUCUAGACCAGCUCGCCGUCGCUCCACGCCACCACGUGAGCAGCGAAGACACCGGAGUGACGAUUCUGGACGAUCAGGACGUUCACGUAGUAGGUCGUCUCAUCGAGGAGACCACAACCAUAGACGUCACAGAGGUCAAAAGUCACGCAGUCGAUCCUACUCUAGUAGCUCUGAACGUUCCUCAGCAGGGAGCAGUGCUUACAGUCGCCAUAGCCAUAGCUACUCAGACAGUUAUAGUGACUACAGUGAUGAAGACCGUCGCCGCAGAUCAAGAAGACCUUCAUCAGACUCAGACUAUGAAAGGCGUGAUAGUGGGCGAUCUCACAGGCGACGUUACACCUCAUCUUCUUCAGAGGAGGACUCCCGUUCACGUUCACGCUCACACAGCCGCAGGAAGCAUGAUCGGCGGAGACACCAACGGAGCAGUAGUCGCAGCUCCAGUCGUAGUAGUAGGAGUAGCAGCGCUCGUUCUUACAGACGCAGCAACUACAGUCGCAGUCGUAGCUCUGCUAGUCGUUCAUCUAGCUCCACCAAGGGCUCUCCACAUCGGCAUGGUCACAGCCGCCGAUCUGACAGCUCGACGCGGCGGCGGAAUUUCAACCGGUCACGAAUCUACCAUUCCCAGUCUCCAAGGUCCUCUUCCCGCACACAAACCCGAAACAGCAACUCUUCAUCGGCACAAGGAACAAGAGGUAGUGGUGGAGCUUCCUCAAAGGAGGGAGGAGGGGCUGCAGAACAUCGAAAUUCAUUCACAGCUCGACUACUCUUGGAGAAAAUCCAAUCUAAAAAAGGAGGGGAUGAAUCUGGUACUGGCACCAAGACAGGCCUCAAGAUCAAGGACCCUCCACGGGGAUACUUUGGGCCCAAACUCCCCCCUGCCCUUGGAAACAAAAGUAUGUUGCCCCUUUUUGGCAAGCUCCAAGCAGGAAAGAAGCAACCAUUACUUACUCUUACACGUACAACUGAGAGCGAAAAGUCGGAGCAGGAGAAAAAUUCGGAUAGUAAUGAAGUUAUCCUGGUAGAACACAUUCGUGAGUUUCCCCCACCACCUCCUCCACCUCAGCCACCAAUUCAACAACAACAAAAGCAGCAGUUGGAGGAGGAGGAGGCUGUAUCAAAUGCUGCAUUGUCUGAAGAGACCAGACAUCCACCCUCAGACCCUCAAGCCCUUCAUGAGUCUCAGCCACAAUAUGAGCAGGAUCCAGCAAUGAUGAUGUCACAAUACCAAGGUGAACCGAGACAAGACCCCAAUAAUCCCAUGUUGGACGGACAUUUAAUGGGGCCUGAAAUGGGUCCGCAGCCUAGUAUGCACACCUACCCUGGUUACCCUCCCAACAUGGAGGAUGGGGAAAUGGGCAUGGAAGCUGAAGAGGAUGGUCUUGCACCUUUAGAAAGUCAACCAAUCACCUUUACCCCAGAGGAAAUGGAGAAAUACAGCAAGUUGCAGCAAGCAGCUCAACAGCACAUUCAACAGCAACUGUUAGCCAAGCAGGUGAAGACCUUCCCCUCAGCUGCAGCUGCUGCAGCAGCAGCUAACUUGGCAGCAGUGGCCAACCUUGCCCCUGCACCACCACCACCACAAGCUGCACUGCAGCCUAUCCACAUUCAGCAACCCACAGUUUCUGCAGCUUCUGCUACCUCUAUUACCACAGUGCAGCACGCCAUCCUGCAACACCACGCUGCUGCCAUGGGACUCCAUCACCAUAACCCACAUCAUCCCCACCCUGCCCAUGCCCAGCUAGCCCAGGUGCACCACAUACCUCAACAUCAUCUAACCCCUAUCUCAUUGUCGCCAUUAGGCCAUUCUUUGGGUCAUUCACUGGGUCACGCUUUAGGACACACUGGCUUGAUUCCCGCCCACCACACUGCCUUCCUUUCAGGCCAACCCAUACAUAUUAUACCAGCCUCGGCGCUCCAUCACACUCCUCUUGCUCUACACCACUUCCCACAUGCUGCCCUCUACCCAACUCUCUUUGCCCCUCGGCCAGGCAGUGCUGCGGCAGCGGCUGCCCUACAGCUACACCCACUUCUUCACCCUAUCUUCUCAGGGCAGGACCUUCAGCACCCUCCAAACCAUGGAUCCUGAAAAUCCAUCUUCUCUCAAAGAGAGGGCCAGGCCCAGCAGUGUGAAUAGCUAAAAGGUUUUAUCUACUGGGUGACACGAUCUGGCGACCCACUGUUCUCUACGUGCUCUGCUACCUUAGGGUGACCUCAACAGGGCUGUUUAGGAGUACAUUUAAAUUGAGGACAGAAUAAGAUCUUCUUGGCUGCCUUUUGAGAUUGUAAUGAAAUUGUAUGGCCUGAACCAGGAGCUAGGUUGGCAGGUCGACAUGUGUAACAUCGUAUAUAUAUUCACACAAGGAGUAUGAGUCGCAAGAGUUGGUUUAUAGUCCAAGACAUCCACUUUAAAACUAUUAA